AUGUCAUUGGGCAGACCAGUAUGGCAAGCAACUCGUAGAUUUUUACAAGAAAUACUGGCAGACAAUAAUCCUACCCUACGAGAUAACGUUGAGCUAAGGCGUCAAGCAUUUGUGCCACUAAACACCGCGAAAAUGCAUCUGCCAGCUAGUAUUGGUGAUUAUACUGAUUUCUAUGCUUCUAAAGAGCAUGCUUCUAAUGUUGGUAUUAUGUUUAGAGGAAAAGAAAACGCUCUGAUGCCGAAUUGGAUUCAUCUACCUGUUGGUUAUCAUGGUCGAUCAUCGAGUAUCGUUGUUUCCGGGACUGACCUUAGGCGUCCUAAUGGUCAAAGAUUGCCCGGAAAAGGUCAACCUCCGGUUUUUGGACCAUCCGUCAAGAUCGACUUUGAAUUGGAGAUGGCAUUUCUUAUUGGCGUUGGUAACAACCUUGGCGAGCCUAUCCCUAUCGAACAAGCAAAUGAUCAUAUUUUCGCUCGGGAUAUUCAAGGUGAACACCUAAAUAUUAACCCAUCCUUUACGUGA